AUGCGCGGUGCACCCUCUGCCGCCUUCCUCUCCGCAGAGAAGCCCUACAUGGUGCUGCACCCCAAGGCGAAGGUGCGGGUGGCCGGGCAGGAGGUGACCUUCUGCUGCAAAGCCUCGGGCACCCCCGUCCCCAAGAAAUACUACUGGUACCACAACGGGACAAUGCUGGAGAAGAAGGCGCACCGGUACGGCAGCCGCCUGACGCUGCGCGGGUUGGCACCGCAGCACGCUGGCAUCUACCACUGCAAAGCCAGCUCCGAGGCGGGCGCCAUCAAAUCGGCACCGGCGCAGCUCACCGUGCUGGCCCAGGGCCAGCAGAGCUGCAAACCGGAGCCUGAGCCGAGCCUGGUGGAGCUGCCCAGCGAGUGCCCGCAGGAUGCCACCGGCUCCCGCUACUACAACGGGGGGGGCUGCCCGCCCGCCCCGUGCCGGAGCAACGCCAUCCCGCUGGGGGAGGAGAGUGGCCGGGAGCCCAUCGGGGAGCUCGUCCUUCCUGCCGGUGCCUUCCUCCGUCCCUCCGGGGAGGUCUUCAAGGGCACAGUCAAAGCCAGUGUCACCUUCCUAGACCCCAGGGACAUGGCGACAGCCGGCGCCGCCUCCAGCGACCUCAGCUUCACCGACACCGAGGGGGAGAUUGUCCCCUUGCGGACCUACGGCAUGUUUGCCGUGGAUUUUCGGGAAGGGGAGAGCGGCGCGGCGCUGCAGACGGGGCCGGUGGAGGUUCGGAUGGAUGCGGGGCAGGUCUGGAUGCCGGAGCACCUGCAGAAGAUGAAGUUGUGGUCCUUGAACCCCGAGACUGGCUUGUGGGAGGAGGAAGGGGUCCUCCGGCCAGCUGGGGGGAGCCGGAGGAAGAGGGAGGAGAGGACCUUCCUGGUGGGGAACCUGGAGAUCCGGGAGCGACGUCUCUUCAACCUGGACGUGCCGGAGGACCGCCGCUGCUUCGUCAAGGUCAGGGCUUACAGCAACGAGAAGUUCAACCCCUACGAGCAACUGGAAGGGGUGGUCAUCAGUCUCAUCAACCUGGAGCCCCAGCCCGGCUAUCCCGCUAACCCCCGGGCAUGGGGGCGCUUCGACAGCGUGGUGACGGGUCCCAACGGAGCCUGUCUGCCCGCUUUCUGCGACAGCCAGCGCCCCGAUGCCUACUCGGCGUACGUCACCGCCACGCUGGGCGGAGAGGAGCUGGAAGCUGUGGCCUCCAGCCCCAAGCUCAACCCCAAUGCCGUUGGGGUGUCCCAGCCCUACUUGGGCAAGCUGGGCUACCGUCGGUCGGACCACGAUGACCCCAACCUGAAGAAGACGGCUUUCCAGAUCAACGUGGCCAAGCCCGACCCCAACAACGUUGAUGAGACCAACGGUCCCAUCUACCCUUACCGCAGCCUUGAGGAGUGUGAGGAGGCACCGGUCAGCGCCAACCACCUCCGCUUCUACCGCGUGGAGGUGGACAAGUACGAGUACAACGUGGUGCCCUUCAAAGAGAGUGACCUGACCUCCUGGACCGGCGACUACCUCUCAUGGUGGCCCAACCCUCAGGAGUUCAGGGCUUGUUUCAUCAAGGUGCAGAUCGAGGGGCCGCAGGAGUACAUGGUGAGGUCCCGUAAUGUGGGGGGCAGCCACCCCCGCACCCGGGGGCAGCUCUACGGGCUGCGUGACACCCGUAGCGUGCGGGACAUGCUGCUGGAGAACACCUCGGGUGCCUGCGUGGAGUUCAAGUGCAGUGGGAUGCUCUUCGACCAAAGCCUGGUGGAUCGCACCUUGGUCUCCAUCAUCCCCCAAGGCAGCUGCCGCCGCACGGCCGUCAACAGCCUCCUCCAGGAGUACCUGAACCGUCACCCGCCCGUGGCAGAGAACAACCACACGGCCGCCUUCACCAUGCUGGCACCGGUUGACCCGUUGGGUCACAACUAUGGCAUCUACACGGUGACGGACCAGAACCCGCGGUUGGCCAAGGAGAUUGCCGUCUGGCCAAGAGACGCUGCUCCGCUCCCGGCGCUCCCUCCGGACAACCUGCCGGAGGAGGAAAACAAACAGUCCUCGGACUCGGACAAGCCAGAGGCGAGAGACACCCCCCCCAACCCCUCCUAA